AUGCCACCAAAACGAAAAAGUCGUGGUGGAGGAACUGGACGAGGUCGUGGAAGACCAAGAGGACAGAACAAAAAGCAAAAACGAAAUUCGUCGUCUGAAGAUGAGCAAGAAGUCUCGGACAUUGAGGACGAGGAUGGCUUCAAUAAAGCAAGUUUACAGCGAUGUGUGAAAUACAAUUUUGAAGAGCUAAUGAAUGAUCCCAGCCUUCAACAUCCUGAGUUUAUCCACAGAAUUGAACCUGAAGAACUAAACAUGGAAUAUUUUGAAAAGACCGGGUUAGAACAUCCUCUUCUUUUCAAAUGUGACCCAAAACUCAUUGGAAUGACAGUCCCCGACCAAUCGUUUAGCGUCGAUGAUGUUCUUAAUUUGGUUGGAGGUAAUCGAAUAAUAGAAGUCGUUGAAGUUAGCAACCAAGGAAGCGUGAAGAUGUCAUUGCAAGAUUUUAUCAAUUUCUACAAAACCCCUGCUAAAGAUCGCAAAGUUCUUUACAAUGUUCUUUCAUUGGAGUUUUCUCUUACUCCUCUUGAGGACGUUGUCAAAUCUCCAACACUAGUUCGUGAAAUCGACUGGGUUGGCAAUAAAUGGCCAGAUGAACUUCGCCAACGAUGGAUUGCAUUUAAUGGGAGGGACAAAAAGUUGUACACACCCCAUCAUACAUUCCCCAAAGUUCAAAAUUAUUGCCUAAUGAGUGUUGCUGAUUGCUAUACCGAUUUCCAUAUUGACUUUAGUGGUACUUCUGUAUGGUACCAUGUACUUAAAGGCAAAAAAGUGUUUUGGUUGAUUCCUCCAACGGAGACCAACUUCUUAUUGUAUCAAGAAUUCAUUCAAACUGUUGGGGAUUCGACAUUUUUUGGAAAAUCGGUGGAAACUUGUCAUACCGUAAUUCUGGAUCCUGGGGACACAAUGCUUAUUCCUAGUGGUUGGAUACAUGCUGUCUAUACUCCGGAAGAUAGUUUGGUGUUUGGUGGAAAUUUUCUGCACUCGAUGUCAUGCCAAAUGCAAAUACGUGUUUAUCAAUGCGAGAAUAGGUUAAACAUUACGCGGAAAUUUCGGCUGCCGUAUAACGAGGAGCUUCUCUUCUUUGUUAUUGCGGAUUACGUGAAGAAAUGGACUGGGCGAGAAUACGCACGACCGCUGCGGAUCGAGGAUGCUCGAAUGGACUAUGUUGGAGAGAAGUGGAAAGCAGCUGGAGGGCAUUUGAAGAAAAUCGAGUAUUCUGAUUUUGAGCAUGGUGUCGAAUUGACGAAUGAUAUGAUUGAAGAUGACACUAACCUGGGCGAAAAGGAGGAAGUGAAAGUGAUAGCGAUGCAUGCGGAAAACUCGGUAUUCGCUUCAGCGAGGAAACAACAGAAACAGAUACAUGUCGAUAAUGGAUUGGACGAAGAAGCAGAUGAUGAUGAUGACGAAGAUAAUGUUUCUGCUGAGGAACGAGAAAAACUCCACGAUGCUGAGAUUGAUGCUCUUUCAGCAUCAAAUCCUCUCAUCUUCUAUAAAAAUUCGAAGCACGAUUUUGUGCGCAACAAGAGUGUUCCUGAUCACAAACUUCCUGUUGGAUACGAGCCACCGAUUAAUUUUAAUCAAGAAGAGCUCGAUAAAAUCUCGCCUCGAUUACUAGCAGAACUCGAAGCUCUCGGAACAUAUUUGAAGAGAAAAGCGAAAGUUGAGAUCUCCGAGGGUAUUUGCCAGCCGGCGUCGCUUCUCAAUUGCUUUUUAGCAGUUUUGAAGCGUAGAAAAGCACAGUUGGAAGGGAAAGAAGUUGAAGAGACUGUAGUUGCUAAAAGAAAAAUCACUCGUGGUGCAAUUUCCACUGGUGAUCUGUCAUUCUGUGAAGAUGGAUUAGUGAAAACAGAAAACUCGAGCAAUGUGGUUGCAAAGGAAGAACCGUCAACGCUUGAUGACACACGGUUCAAUGCUCAGGAUUUUCCGGAGGAGUUUCUAGAAAGUGAGGAGAAAAUAAAAGAAGCCAUUCGGGACGGAGACGACGAUGGAAGUGACGCGCAGAUAUCCGAGCAUCAUGACAAUACCAAAGCCGAAGACCAAGACGAGGAUUAUAGAGAAAGCCGCGACAAUACACCAAUCGGUGCAACUCGAAGAAGUAGUCGACAAGCGGCGACGCGAGCCAGUGUUGCCAUUAAAAACGAGGUCGAAGAUGAAAACAGUGUGAAGAAGGAGGAACCGGAGGAAGAGGAUGAUCUCACGUGGAGGCAAAAAAUGGAAAAAGAAGAAAAGGAUCAUGAAAAUAGUCAAGCACCAGAUAAGAAAUCCAAAAAAAUGGAGGAAAAAGCGAAAAAAGUCAAAUUGACGCGCGAAGAGAAACGCGAGAAGAAAGAAAAGGAACAGGAGCGAAAAAGGAAAAGCUCAACUUUGGAUGCUGCAUUGAUCGCGGCGCACGGAAUGUCGAAAACGAAGAAAAAGAAGAAGCCGGAGAAGCCGAUGUUUGUUGGCGGAGUUCCGAUGGUCCCGAUUAUGAAUGAACCUGCCGCUCCGAAUCCAUACAAUUAUGAUCCGAUGAUGGAAAUGGUGAAGUUGGGAACAGGGCAGUUGAAAUCGGCAUAUAGAAAAACCAAAAAUAAUAUAGAACUUAAUCUGGAAAAGAAAAAGUUCAAAUUGGAACGGCAAAGUCAGGAGGAGGCAUCACAGGAAUCACAAGAAAAUAAUGUAAAGAAAUCAGAGGGUGCAAAAAUGGCAAAACAACCGAUUAGCAUUGAUAUAUUCGAUAUUCCAUCAUCAUCAUCCGCUCCUGUCAUCAAAAAGAAAAAAGAGAAGAAGGUUGAACGACAGGACUCGCCGUCGGAAUCAUCGCAUAAUAAGUUGAAACCGGUGUCGCCAGCAUUAUCAUCGCCUCAUUCGGUGACCAAGGAUAGAAGAAAGAGUGGUGAGCAUGGGCAUAGUUCGACGGCAAAAGUGUACAUGCCGACAGUGUCUCGACAGGAUCGCAUGAUAGCUGAUGCACCGUCUCCGGCAACGCCGGCAACUUCGAGACAUUCGUCGAUUUCCGAGAGACGUCCAAUUAAUCUUCCAUCGACACCUUCGAAUAUCUCGCGUAACUCAUCAAUUGAUAUUCCUUACACGCCGAGUGCUCCUGUACACAAGACGUCUUGGAUGUCUGCUGGUUCUUCGGACCGUGCUGACUCCGUUGAUGAAUCUCCGAUAGACGUCGUCAGUGAUCAGACUCCUCCGACAAUUCUGAGCCCACAACAACUUUCGAUGGAUAGAAAAGAUGUGAGAAAAGACAUCGGUAAUGGAAAUCCGUCUCCAUUCGAGCUUCUUCCAAUCAUACCGAAACCCUCAAAAAUUCCUGCCUCAACAGCGAUUAAUCAGCUGAAAAGUCUUGUUACUCAACUGAAUCAAUUGAAUGAAGUUGAAUGA